AACGACCAUUAGUGUCUUUGUAUUGCGAAGAGUCACUAAGCGCCUUGCAGCAUGAGCUCUACACGCGUGCAGCGCAGCCAUCAGGAACGCGGAGACGGCGCCGUGCCUCUUUAUCCAUUAAGCCGCACGUCGAAAACUUCAGGCAGUGCGCGCACCGCUCGCACAGGCCGACGAACAAAACAAGAGCUCCCAGAAGAACAGAAGAAGGAGCUGAAAGAGGCUUUUGAACUCUUUGACACAGACAAAGUGGGGUCGAUCGACUACCACGAGCUCAAGGUGUUGAUGCGCGCUUUGGGCUUCCAAGUGUCCAAACGAGAGGUGCUGGAUCUCGUGGAGGACGUGGAUGUGCAACGUAGCGGUCGCGUGGACUUCAACGACUACAUGGAGAUCAGUAAGGGGAUUCUAAGUAGAGGCAAGAAGCCGCUCGCAAAACUGACGUAUCGUAUGGCUAUUACAGUGCGGCGGAAAGUGUUGGCAAGAGAUCCAGACGAGGAGAUCGCGCGGGUAGGACGCGUGGGCCGCUCGCCUCAUGACCCCACGUACUCGGAUACAGAGUUGGAAUCAGACUGAUUGUAUCCCUUACUCUAGGCAUUCGAGCUAUUUGAUGAAGACGGAUCAGGCACAAUCACUCUGCGGGUGUGUUUGUUCGGUCUUUUUGUUGUUGAUAAUACGUGAAGCUGAAUCGAGUUGCGUAUUGUGUCGGUAUGGGGCUAAUGACGGACAGAAAAUGCGUAGGGUGGCCAAGGAAUUGGGCGAAAACCUUGGCGACGAUGAACUGCAGGCUAUGAUCGAUGAGUUUGAUCAAAAUCAAGACGGAGAGAUCGACAUGGGUGAAUUCUUUAUGAUCAUGAAGCAGUCAACAGAAUUCUAACUCAUCACAACACGAUAAAAAGAUGAAGAAAGAAUUGUCCAUGGGAUUAUCGAG